CCCUCGGAACGGGAUAGCAUGGCUGAUUGCGGCUCUCGUAUAAAACACGGGGAGUGCGCCGCGCCAGGGUCACAAAGUAUCUGAUCCGACCGAACGAACGGCCGGUCGCCAAAAGCCCGAAGGAACCUGCGGAGUGGACUGCGAACUUUGACAGCUGAGAGAUGGCACACGACUGGGGAUACGGACAUCAUAAUGGACCAAGCGCCUGGAGCAAGUCUUUCCCGAUCGCCGAUGGACCAAGGCAGUCCCCCAUAAACAUCAUACCUGAACAAGCUCAGCACGACCCAUCCCUGAAGCCUCUCACCCUCAAAUACGACCCGAGCACCGCCAACGGCAUCCUCAACAACGGCCAUUCUGUCCAAGUGAGCUUCGCCGAUGGUGACAACAGGUCGACUCUAACUGGAGGACCGGUCAAUGGGACCUACAGGUUGGGUCAGUUUCACUUUCAUUGGGGCUCGACUGACCAUCAUGGCUCUGAACACACCAUCAACGGGAAAUCCUUUGCUGCUGAGCUCCAUUUAGUUCACUGGAAUGCUGACAAAUAUGCAAGCUUGGCUGAGGCUGCCCAGCACCCUGAUGGUCUGGCAGUGGUUGGCGUCUUUCUCCAGGUUGGCAGCAGUAAUCCACAUCUGCAGCGGGUGGUGGACGCUAUGGCUGAUAUUCAGAAUAAGGGUACCCAGCACACCUUCUCCAACUUUGACCCUUCGACUUUGCUUCCCCAUUCACUCGAUUACUGGACGUAUGAUGGAUCACUGACCACUCCUCCACUGCUUGAAAGUGUCACCUGGAUUGUCCUGAAGGAGCACAUCUCAGUUAGCCAUGAGCAGAUGGCCAAAUUCCGCAGCCUCCUAUUCACAGGAAAAGAUCAGCACCCAUGUCACAUGCAGAACAACUUCCGCCCUCCUCAGCCCCUGAAGAACAGGAAGGUCCGUGUCUACCCUUAGAAGCCCAGGACCUGUCUGUCCAAAGCCCCUCCCACUUUCCCCAGCUGAUCUCCAUCACAAGCUCCGCCUCUUCAUCAGAUGCAACUUUCAGCGAGUCUAAAGGGAGAGAGAAAGAGACGCCGUGCCACACCCAUCUGCCGUCUGGGCCGUGGGCACCUCAGGCACAACUCACAUGUCUGUCCGCUUAGCCGAUGCCAGCUUCUGCAGCCCCUGCGCUCGUCUUUAAUGUUGCCUUUUCCCACCACUUUUUUAUCUUCUGAUUUUCUUCCUCAAUAGAAUAUAAUUAUCUGUCUUAAUGAUGCACAGAAAAGCCUUAUUAUGGGAUUUGGUGCUUUGUAGGGGGCCAAUGGAGACUUCAUCCCAGUAGGUAAUGGAUUUGGGGGUUUUGCAUGUGUGAGAAAUUUUGAAAAGAAGAGAAAAUGUCACUUAUAUUAGAAAAGAAUUAUAUUAUCUAUUUUUGAUUAUUUUCUUCUGAUUGCCUUAGGAAGAUUUUGUGAAUAAAAUAUGCAA